AUGGUGAGUAUGAAAAAAUGAGAACAGUCCUUUAGCCAUAUGUAUGAGAUUAAAAAGAUGUGAAAUAAGACCCAGUGAAAGAGUUUGAAAGUGGUGCCAUAAUUUCUCUUUUUUCCCCUAUAACUCUUCAACACAGAGUGGAGAAAGAAACAGAGGUAUUUCAGAAAGCCUUGUCCUGGAUGAUGCCGAGGGUGGAGUCGUCAUUGCAGGAAUCACAGAUGACAACAUUGCUGCAAAGAGUGGUCUACAAGCAGGUAACAAAAUGACCAUUAACAUCUCUUUCAUUUUUCACAACCAUUAAAAUAUCUAUAGAGUAUGUAGAAAGAGUAUAAGCUUAAAUGUGCUGGCACUGAUGAGUUCUCCCUUUUGUUGUAGGUGAUGAAAUUGUUGCAGCGACCAUCCACCUGGAUCACCUUAACAAAAAUGAAGUGUUGAACAUCCUGAAGGUCCUGGAGCCUUAUGACAACAACAUGAAGGUUGUGACCAAGAAGGAGUUCAAUGCCAGUGCUGGCCUUGGCUCCUUAGGCUUGGAUCUCAAAGAACCUGCAGAGGUAUAUGACAUGAGGUGGUUCAGCCAUGCUUGAAACAUCCAGUGGCAUUUCUGAUUAUAAAUAUGUGUUUAAAUGGCGUCAUAAUGGGAUUCCUGACUCCACCCAAAUGCAAAGGAGAGGAAUAACAUCACAUUUAUGCUGCUAAAAGCAGCUAAAGAUAGUAUUUCACCAACAACACCAUGAAACUGUAUAAAAGUAGGUAAUCACAAAAAUACUGAAACAGGGGUAUUCAGUUAAAAGUCUUUGGGCAUGAUCUGCUAAGGUCCCAAAAAACUCGCUGAUUGUGAGCGCAAGUGAUAACAGGUGCAAAAGUGAUGCAUACCACUCAAUGUAAAUGGGGAUUUUGCAUGCGCUACCGGCUGUCACCAUGGAGAGUUUGGGAGAGCAGAGUGACCGUAAACAAAAAAUGAAGUUCACGGCCACAAAGUUGGGGGUCUUGGUGGAGGAGGCAAAUAAACUCACUGGUUAACUCCAGCAGAGAUAUCUGAAGAAGAAACACGAUUUGGGAGGCCAUCUGUGAAAAGGUGAAUGCUGUGAGCAAAAUCAAAUGAUCUACUGAUUAAUUAAAAAGACAGCAAAAUAUUCACGGAUAAAACUUUCUUUUAAUCUAACCUCUGCAAAUAAAACUGAUGGUGCUUGUAUUUGCAUCUCCUCCUCCCAGUAUUUUUUGUGUUGUGAUACUCUGCAUACAUUCUGCAUACAACACGCUAAAUGGAUUGCAGGUGGUACUUUGCUUCUUCGACAGACACAAUCCUUGUUGCACCCAGUUAGUCAAUCAGUUUUGCACACACUAUCAUGUUUGCACAGGUUUCUGUACAUGCAAACCUUUAGUGGAUCAGGCCCUAAGAGGUUUGGUAAGAGAAAAUGUUGAGAGCAAAGGCUACAUUUCCUCUUGUUUAGUGAGAGACGGUUUUAGCUUGUUAAGUUAAAAUUUUCAACCUAGGCUGGUAUGAGGCAGCCUUAAGAUUUUUAACUUGGCUCCUAAUGUGCACACCUUGGAGGGAACAUUUGUCUGUUGUCAGUUAAUGAUCGUCUCUGGAAUCUGAUAGAUCAAAUAUAUGGGGAUCUAGUCCAAUUUUAAUGUGAUACGAGUCACUAUAGGCACACUGGUUUAAACUUCAAAUGGGAAUUAUAAGAGUUGGUCCAUUCCUCAGCUCCUCAGGGUGUGUUUAUAUCUGUGUCAAUUGCAUCGCUAAUAGUUGCAAAAAAUUUGAUCGGCUGAUCAGCACCAACUGACGCGCUGGUCUGUGACUUUCAUGGCAGCUAAAAACGUUAUUGUGAUGUAGGCUACUGUAGGUCCAGUUACAGAAAGGACUGGAUUGGGGUGCCAAAAAUGAGGGCUCAAGUUGGGAGGUAUAAGUAGGAGGGGAAAAGUGGACAUGAAGAGUUGGGUGGGAUGAGUUAAUCCCUGUUCAGUAUCCCUUUUACAGUAGAUUUCUUGGAGUGUAGGAAACCUUGUCCUAAAUCAACUAAACUGUAUAUUGAAGCAUAAAAACAGUUCUUUACAACAGAUUAGGAAGAAAACAUGCACAGAAUUUUUGGAAAAAAAAACAUAUUUAUAUUAUAAAUAUAUAUUUAUAUUUAUCCUGUUUUAACAUACCACCAUCUAAAACCCUUCUAACUGUUACAACAACCAUCUGCCCCUUUAUUGAUCAUAUCCAGAAAUAAUGAGUAUACAGGUAAAUUCUGACUCAAGAUCUGCUUCCAUACAAGUUUUAAAAUCCACUUUGUUUUUUCAUUUUCACCAACAGAUGCUCGGCCUAAAGAAGGAUCUCCCUCUAGACACACAGACUAAGGCUCCUGUUGUUUCCUUAAAUGGGCUGGAUGGAAAUAUAGCCACUGGGCAAGGGUUGGGGGGUGAAAUCAGUGGUCCUGCUCUAAACGGGGACCUUCCCAGUCUCAAUCUAAAUAAUUCCUCAGCUGACACUGGGGCCAGUUUUGCUUUGCCUUCCCUUGCAGUAAAUGGGCCAGAUGUAAAGGGAGAUCUAGAUGGGACCCUCAAAGCUCCAAGAGUCAGCGUCUCAACACCACAGCUCAACACUUCCUCUGUUGACAUUGCAAAGCCAGAAAUCAAAACAGGGGACAACAAAUUCAAAGCUCCAAAAUUCUCCAUGCCAGUCUUCAAUGCAUCAAAAACCAGUUCCCUGAAAGCAGACACAGAUCUGAACACCUCUGGUCUCUCUGUGUCUGGCCCAGAAUUACCAGAAUUGGGUCUAAAAAACCCUGAUGUUAAGUUAGAAACCCAAAACGUUGAUUUCGAGGCACCCUCAGGCAAAAGAAAGUGGCUUCAUACAUGGAAAGGCCCCAAGAUAAAAGGUCCAAAUGCAGACCUGCAAUCAUCUGAUGUCAACCUAUCAACACCAAAGAUUGAUGGGGAUCUAAAGGCACCAAAUGUAGAUAUCAACCUCCCAAAAGCAAACAUUGAAGGCCCUGAUGUAGAUGUUAAAGGCCCCAAUCUUGACACUGGCCACACACAUGGUAAAUUUCACUUGCCUUGGAAGAUGAAAAAAGCCAAACUCCAGACCCCAAAAGCUGAUCUGGACAUAGAUCCAAAUCUGAAUACCCCAGAAUUGGAUGUCUGUGUUCCAAAAGUGGAGGGUGAAAUAAAUGCCCCAAAUGUUGACCUCAAAGGUCCUCAUCUAGACAUGCAAGCCCCAAAUAUUGAUGCAGAGUCUCCAUCUGGAAAGUGGGACUGGCUUCCUUGGAACUGGAAGAAGCCUAAAGUUCAUGGCCCAGAUGUAGACAUAAAUGCUGAAAAGCCAGAUUUGAAUCUUUCUUCCCCAAAAAUUGAUGGUGAGAUUAAUGGACCUGAGCUUAAAGGCCAUGAUCUAGAUAUUGAUGGUCCAAAUCUUGAACCAUCUGUGAGGUUCCCCUGGUUUCAGAAGAAGUGGAAAAAACCUAGACUUCAUGGUCCCAAAGCAGAUUUGAAUGCAGACCUGAGUGCACAUGACUGUGAUCUCAAGGUCAAUGGACCAGAUGGGAAUCUACCCAACGUUGACAUUGAAGUUCCAGAUGCUGAUGUUGAGACCCCCUCAGGCAAACUCAAGUUCCCAACCCUCAGAAAGUCCAAGUUCAUGUUUUCAGGGCCAAAGGUCAAUUCACCAGAUGUUGACAUGAACUGCGAUGCAAAGGGACCUGACUUGAGUCUCCCUACUCCGAUUGUUGAUGUUCCUGGUGUAGAUGUAAAGGCACCAAAUGCAGAAAUUGAGGCUCCAUCUGGAAAGUUCAAAAUUUCAACUCUUAAAAAACCAAAGUGGUCACUCUCAGGUCCAAAGGUUGAUGGUCCAGAUGUCAAUCUAGAUGCUAGUGGUUCCACUCCUGACAUGAGUUUCAAAGCUCCAAAGAUUGAUGGUGAAGUGGAAGCACCAGAUGCAGGCCUAGAUAUCAAUGCUCCAGAUGUUGAAGGUCCAUUUGGGAAAUUCAAAGGGUUUAAACUACCCAAAAUUGGCACACUGAGGGGUCCAAAGGCCAAUGCUGAUGUGGCUGCACCAAAAUUAGAUGUCAAGACCCCUGAUGUGGAGUUGCCUGAUGCCAAUAUAAGAGGUCCAAAUGUUGAUGUUGAUGGUCCAAAUCUCAGCCUUGACUCACCAGAAAGUAAACUUAAGUUACCUAAAAUCAAACUACCAAAAUUCAUGGGAGCCAAAAUCAAAGGUCCUGAUGUGGAUACUGAAAUAGAUGCACCAAACAUUGGCUUACCCAAAGCUGAUAUCGAUGCACCUAGACAUGGCAUAGAGUUAAACCCAUCAGAUCUGUCCCUAUCAGGACCAAAAGUCAAAGGUGGUAUAGACACCCCAGAUCUUGAAGUUUCUGGAAAAAAGCCUGGGUUUAAACUGCCAAGCUGGAGCAUUGGAGGGCCAAAGGCUCAGUUGCCUGAUGCAGAGCUGAAUACCCCUGAUCUCGCAGUUCCUGGUGUUGAAACACCUGGCUUGAAUUUUUCUGCCCCCACAAUCAAGGGAGAAAUCGGUACUCUGAACACUGAUCUCAACCCAAAUGUUGACCUCAAAGCCCCCAAAUCUGACUAUAGUUUACCAAAAAUUGACUUAAAUUUGCCAAAAGCUGGUGUUAAGAGCCCCAGUCUGGAUCUGCCUACAGCAGACCUCAAAGCACCUGAUGCACAGCUAAAAACCCCAGAUCUUGACGUUGAUUCAAGUCUUGGUGACUUUAAAUUUCCCCAUUUCAAGCUACCAAAAUUUGGAUCACCAGAUCCUAAAGUGGAAGUUCCAUCAGUCAAUGCUGAGGUCAAUGCACCACAAGUCAACAUAGCUGCUCCUACAGCAGACACCAGCAUCUCAAUUCCUGCUGUAGACAUCAGUGGACCAAAAGUAGAUGCAGAUAUUGGAGGACCCACAGUAGAUCUGAAAGCUCCAAAUGUAGAUGCAAAUAUGGAAAAGUCAAAAUUGCCACAUUUCAAGUUCCCUAAGUUUAACUUGUCAGGAUCCAGUGUAAAAGCUGCAGAUGUUGAUACAGCUGUAGAUCUGGAAGUCUCUCCUGAUGUGACGCUGAACGCUCCAAAUGUUGAUGGAGAAAUCAGACCACCUGGUGUUGACAUCUCUGGUCCUAGCCUAGGUGUCUCAGCUGAUGCAGAUGCUGAACUCAAAGGAUCUUCAAAAAGUAAGGGGAUAUGGCCCUUCAAAUGGGGCCGAAAGUCGGUUUCAGGUGCAGAGGAAGGAAUUGAAGUAAAAUCUGAAACCGAUGGACCCAAUGUUGGAUCAGGGGUUCCUGCAUUCAAAUUCCACAAACUGCCCAGGAACAGCUCUAUAGAUGGCUCAGUAGAUGGCGAUGAUACUUUAGGUUUACCAAACCUUGACACAGAAGAAAAGGAUUAUGUCAUCAGCAAAGGAGUUCGCUUGCCGAUAGUAAAUACAACCUCAAAGACGGGAGAAAAAGUUGAUGUUUUUGAGAGAUUAAAGAUGGCAAUGGAAAAAGUCUCUUCAGCCAGCACCUCACCAACUGAUUCAAAAGGGGAAAUUGAUCUGAAGCUUCCCUCUGCAGGUCUUGAUGUUGGCACCUCUGUAGGAGAAGCAGAUUCCUCUUUGGUGAGAGGAAGUACAUUCAAAAUAGAAAAACCAGACCCAAUUCUCAGCGUUGUAGCCCCAGGAAUUUCCACACCAGAUGAAAAUGAUAAAUUGUCACUGAGCCUCACCAACAUGCUCGGCCUCAAUAUCAAGGAUUCUGAUGGUGACUGA